AUGCCCGCUGGCGGCGGCACGUUAUCAGUUCCGGUUCCGCCAGUUGUCACGGGUUACCGGCUCUGAGCUUCUUGAUCUCGGUCUGGGUUUCGCACAGAGAGAGGAGAUGGCGGAGUGACUGACGGGGUUCAUGAACUAGAGUUCUAUCUGCAGGUGGUUGGCCAAAGGAGUAUAUUGUUCAACUGUCAAAUCAGAUCUGUAAGUGCAGCCCCACCAUGCUGGAAGAGGAUAUCGAGGUAGCUAUCAAGGUGGUAGUUGUUGGCAAUGGAGCUGUUGGUAAAUCAAGCAUGAUUCAGCGGUACUGCAAGGGUAUUUUCACCAAGGACUACAAGAAAACCAUUGGAGUGGACUUCCUGGAAAGACAAAUUCAAGUUAAUGAUGAAGACGUCAGAUUAAUGUUAUGGGAUACAGCAGGACAAGAGGAGUUUGAUGCUAUUACAAAAGCUUACUAUAGAGGUGCUCAAGCGUGUGUGCUGGUGUUCUCCACUACUGACAGAGAGUCCUUUGAGGCUAUACCAAGUUGGAAAGAGAAGGUUGAGGCUGAAGUUGGAGACAUCCCUACAGUCCUGGUACAGAACAAAAUAGACCUCUUGGAUGAAACUGUACUUAAAAACGAAGAAGCAGAAGCUCUAGCUAAAAAGCUGAAGCUUCGGUUUUAUCGAGCUUCAGUGAAGGAGGAUCUCAAUGUCAAUGAAGUUUUUAAGUAUCUGGCUGAGAAGUAUCUUCAGCGACUCAAACAACAUACUACUGAAGAACAGGAACAAGUACAUGUGACAAGCAAUCGCAUAGGAGUAUUUAACACGGCUGGCGGCAGUCACUCUGGCCAGAAUUCCAACAUGGUAAAUGGUGGAGCAGUUAUCAGCCUUCGGCCGAACAAGCAGAGGACCAAGAAGAGCAGAGGCCUUGGAGCCCGCUGUGGAAAGCUCUAGUGGUCUCCUUGCAGCAUGGCAGCAAUGUGUGCUGUUUGUGCAACUGUUGAGAUCAGUUAGGUUUUUUAAUUUGGACAUUCUGACACUCCUGAGGUAGAUUAUAAUCAAAGACACUACAGUACUUGGCUACACACAGCUAAAAUCGUACAGAGGCUUUGGAAAGCGCAUCACUCAACCCCAAAAUUGGUUGAAGGUUGUGGUAGUUUAAAAGUGGAACGAUGUCUGUCUAUAAAUGGUUCAGAUGACCACCAACUUGCCUGAUUUACUGCAGCUUUGCAUGGAUCGGAUUGAAGAUGUUAGAUUUGUUGCAGGUUAUUCACGUUUUAUUCUGAAAAUCAAUGUGCUCAAGUUGUGCAGCAUUUCUGCAUCCAGCCAGAUCUACCUUAUUACCUAAAAGGAAAGUCAUGAAUGCAGUGUGAUUUAAUCUAAGAGAGCACUUCCUUCAUGUGAAAAAGUAGCCCACUUACCAGGACCGAGAACCACCAGGUCGAGCUUAAAAUACUUUCCUUCAAGAGAAUUUACUAAAACACUUCUUCUUUUAAAAAAAGGAAAAAUGUUGUAAUGAAUUAUGAAAUUAUAUUGUCAUUUGAACAGAUGUUACAAAAACAUUGCCAUUUGUGGUUGUUAAUUGAUGGAACUAACUUCAAUGACCUGUGCAAUAUUUCAGUGUUGGAUACAGCGGAAGAUGUUUUAUCACUAGGAGUUUUUGUUUGGAUGGUUUGAGUUGAUUGAACUGUUUAGAUGUGUUUUAAAACAAUUCACAUUUGGUAUUUUAAUGUUUGUAAUCAUACAAUCACUGUUUGUAUACUAGAGACAUUUUUUACGGAACAUUUUGUAAUCAUGCCUGUCGCUUGCUUGUAUGUAAGCUUUGACUAAUUGUCUUCACAGGCCUUUUAUUAUUCAGAUUGACAUUUGCAUGAGUGCCAAAUCAGUACCACAACUAUUGCCUUUGACUUUCAUUGUUUCUGACAAGAAUAUAAGGAACCCCUACUAGGAUUCUGAAUGAAAAGGUAAGUAGAACCUACUGCAAGAGUCUCUCUAUCUGGAGUUGCUUUACCUGAUAACACUCCUUUCGUGCCAUAAUACGUGUCUAGACAUCACAAGCUCCUGACUGCAUGAUUUAUAUUUUUAUUUUACUUGGAUUAAAACUUGCAGUACCCCUUGCCUGAGCUUUCUAUUGUAUACAGUUACGACUGCCCACCUCUGACGAGUAACAGCACCCAGCUGAUGAGUUACCCAGACAUUGAUGCAAGGUUUUGUGAAUUAUGAUGUAAUCUCCAUUUUUGUAACAAGCUAAGUCUAACUGCAUAAGUAUAGACUUGGUGAGCAGGAAAAGAUGAGCUGGUCCAUCAAGCCUGCUCCCCUCCCUCAUGAUAGUCACGUCUUCUUGAUUGAACAUUACUUUUUUCACAACUCUCCCCUUUAACAUCUAAUCACCUGGGUAAUUAUUCCUGAAAAAAUAUUCUUGGAAAAUUCCUCUUCACUUCCUUCAAACAAUCAAAAUUAAUCUGGGUAAUGAGCUGGACCAGUUGUUUCAGAUUUUUAAAUCUGCUUAUUUAAGGCACUGCCAGGGGGGACACCUUGAAUAAAAUAUCUAACUGUGAGGUGAUGUCAGGAGAAUAAGAUUGACUGACUGUGCUUUCACAUUGUGGCACUAGACGUUUUUCACUCUAUUUCUGUUUUACUUCUAGCCAAAAUUGUUCUAUGUUAAUAUAGCUGAAAUAAAAGGCACCAAUAAAUUAUUCUGCUAUUCACACAGUACUGACAGGUUAAACCUUUAAAAUGAGUCAAACUAAAAUGCAAUCUUAGGUUGCUACAAGCACUGACUAACUGGUCAUCUGUGCUAUUCUAUUCUUGCUGUUUGCAAUAAAUAACAUUUCCACAUUUAAAGUAGGUAGAAUUUAAGAGAUUUGCGGUAUAGUAGCAUUCACCAAAGAAAUGUGCAUAGGAAGGCUCUUUGUCCCUUAUGAUCAGAUGGUUAAAUAUAAAACACUUAACUGCCAUUUUCUUCUAAAGAACUUUAGGGCAUGGAAACAUCAUUCAGACCAACCAAUCCUUGAUAGUGUUCAUGUUACAAACAACCAUGAGCAUUGCAAGAAAUACCAUUCACUACUGAGUUGAGGUUUUCUAAUAGAUUUUUAUGAUCGAAAAGGUACUUUAUGUGCGUGGAUGUAUACAUAAAAAUGUCAGCUGAGGUUUGAUGUAAGUUGUUUCAAAGCCAGUCUUAUGCAGUGGUCCAUAGUGUGGGGUUUUUUUUGCAGUUUUGAAAUUCUUAGCUGUGCUUCUGGUUUACGUGAGUGUCACUUUCUUACAGUUGCUGAAAGACCUAUGGCGCAUUGAAGUGAGGGGAAGGGGCAAAGUGCAAAUGCUGGGAAUAUGAAAUGAAAUGCACACAAAGUUCUUAAAUGUUAGCCCUAGAAAUGAGCUGUGACUGAAUGAAUAUUUACAUUUUGAAAAUUGUUGCUUGAAAGUGAAGGAUUGAGAUUUGAUCCGUUUUGGUUAAAUAAUCCAGUCUGUGAAGUUCAGACAGAGCUUUUUUUUCUGCCUUGAUAUGCCCAAGAUAUUUUUUGUUUGGUUUUAUGAGGGCUGACUGUUCUCAAUAUACAUUCCCUGGUGUAUAUGGCCUUGCAGGAAAAUUUAAGAGUAAAGCCUGAGUCUGCCCACGAUCUCCCAACAACAGGCGCCAAGCUUGGGAGAGUACAUCGAGAAUAUCAGCCCUUGUUUCUGUUGUGAUGCUAAGACAUUUUAUACAAUUUGUUUACUGUUGCAUAUCAUUUCGAGGAUGUAGUUUUAUUGGUGCCACAGUUGUGCCUUCCAGUUAGCUAAACAUAUGAUGUUAUGGCACGAGAAGCCAUUCAGCUUAUUGUGCCUGUGCCAGCUCUUUCAGUAAGGUACCUAUUAAUCCAGUCACCUAUGAACCAUUCCCUUGAUCUGUGCCCCUUUUUGAAAUUGCAUGAUACAAAAAUUGCUGGCACAGGGCAUACCCACCACUGAUCCACUCAUGUAAACCCACAUGCAUUUAGUUGGGUCACAGCGCUGCCUGACAGGAGAUCUGUGCAUUUCCUGACUAAUCAAUCUGAAUGCAUUGACAUACAGAGAUUUGAAUUUUGGAGCAUCUACAGAAUAUGUGAAUUCUAACCAGCUACCUAGUUCUGUUGUACCUUUGUAACAUCACAAAGUCUCAGUUGUACCAUUUGUGACAUCACAAUGUCUCAGCCUUACUAAUCACCUUUAGCCGAACAGUAUGGCAAACAGUGGCUUGGUGUUCAGCUGGGUGGAAUGUGGUGCAGUUGGGCAGGUAUAAAACCCUGCAUACAACUUGUUUGUAUUUGCUCGUAGAGAUUUGUUACUUUGACCUGAUUAAUUUCUAAGCUUUUUUUUAUAUGUUUAUUAACAUAUUCUCAUCUCUGCAUUCUAAAUCAUUUCUGAAGUGCUUUGUUAACUGAAUUGAGCCUUUCAUCCUGCCAUCUUUGAUCUUAAAAUGCCUAUGAAGGUCAGGUAUUUCCUAGUCAAACACCUAGGAGUAGACCACCACUAGGGCCUGUUGCUGGUUAGCAUCGAGAGUUGAAGUAUGUACAAGAUAUAGUGAGUUCUGUUACCAGCUUCUAUUCUCAUCCAGAAAUACUUGUUUGAGUUUCAGUGUGCACGCGUUAUAAUUAGAUAGGUCAGGUGUCAACAGUCAGAGGUGUUAUAUACAUCUGGCACUUGCUGUCUUAUUAGUCAUCAUUCAUUUUUAGUGAUUUUUGUAAUGCAUUGCUUGUUAUUUUGGCUAUGAUGUGGAGGUGCUGGUGUUGGACUGGGGUGGACAAAGAAUGAAGCCACACAACACCAGGUUCAUAAUCCAACAGGUUUAUUUGAAAUCACAAGCUUUUGGAGCAUAGUCCAUUCACUUUAUGAAGGGGCUGUGCUCUGAAAUCUUGUGCUUUCAAAUAAACCAGUUGGACCAUAACCUGGUGUCAUGUGACUUCUAACUUUAUUGUUUUAGGUCACAUGUCAGCCAAGGCUCAGUGGGUACCACACCCUUCUCUGAAACACUAGACUCUAAGUUCAAGUCGUGCUCAAUGACUUAGCACAACAAUCAAGGCUGAGACUCCAGUACAGUACUAAGAGAGGACUGUGCUGUCAGAUGCCAUCUUUCAGAUGAGAUCUUCAACCCAGGUAUCAGUGCUUGGGUGAUUUACAAUAGUGCUAUUUUGAGGAAGAGCAGGGGAGUUAUUCCUAUGUUCUGGCCAAUAUUCAACAUCCUAAAAUGCAACUUUUGUAUCUAUUUCACCUUGCUCUUGCAAUAUUUCACUACAUUAAAGUCACAUUGCACAUUGUUGCUGUUGCUGCUCCGCCAAAAGGAUACAUUAAACCUAAGAAAUUAAUGUGAAAAGAUUUUUUUUAAAAAUUCAUUUCACCGGAUGAGGGCAGUUAAGAGUCGGCCACAUUGCUGUGGGUCUGGAGUUAUAUGUAGGCCAGACCAGGUAAGGAUGGUAGCUUCCUUCCCUAAAAGGGCAUUAGUGAACCAGAUGGGUUUUUCCAAACAAGCGACAAUGGAUUCAUUGUCAUCAUUAGAUGCUCAAUUCCAGAUACUUUAUUGAAAUCAAAUUCCACCAUCUGCCAUGAUGAGAUUCGAAACUGGGUCCCCAAAACAUUAUCUGGGUCUCUGGAUUAACAGUCCAGCAAUAAUACCAUUAGGCCAAUGUGUCUCCUUUUGGGAGAUUGUUUCACAGGGAGAAGAGAGAGGGAUUAAAGGCAUGCUGACCUCUACUUUGUUCUGACUGAGUGCCAUUACCGUCUCUUAUCUCCUCUCUCACUCUCAUCUCUCUUUGCUUUGCCUUUUUGCAUCUCCUCUCACUGUCUUGUGCUCUUCCUUCUCUCCUCACCCUCCCCCCAAUUACCCCCUGUGAAUUACUUAGAAUGAUUCAUUCAGCCCAUCAUGAAAAACUAUCCAAUUAGUCCCAUUCCAGAAUCUAUUAGUUCUGCAAUAUUUUUGAACACUUAUGCAACUCCCAUUUGAGUUAUUGAAUUGGUUUCCCCUCCACUUUGACAUUUCCUGAUUAUCAUUAAGACUCAAAUAUUUUUAAAUUCUUUCACCUUUGAUAGAAAACCAAAAAGAUUAGAGCUGUCUCAUCUGGUUUAUAUUUUAUAUGAACCUUCUCUCACACUCUCAAUAUAUGUUUUAUUCCUUCUCUCCUUUGUUUUAUCCAGCUUUCACACGAUGGUGUAUGUUGUAGACUUUAUCUACUACCUGUGUGAUAAUGAGAACCACACUGGCACUGUUCUCCAGCUGAAGACAUUCCCCCUUAAUUUCUUUAUUGCAUUUGUUAGUGACAGAUUUAUUCUCUUACCCAUUCACUCCAAGCCCCUACAUUUCCUUAUCAUUUCCUAAUCUCAGACCCUUUGUGUCUUCCUCAGUAAAGGGCAAACAGAUCCUUUCUCGGGAAUGUAAAGAAAACACUGACCUGUUAACUUAGUGGGUUGAUCAAAAUGCCAAGGGAAGUAAUGACCAAGGUCCAGUGUUUGGCACCUGUUUGGACAAAACAAUUAAAAGGAUCAGAAGUGGAAAAAUUAUAGUUAAUCAACCUCUGUCCAAUUUCUCUUUUUAUAAUUCUGCUGAACUUGAAAUCACUGAGUUGUGCAUAGUGGCAGCUGAUCCUGGCACCUUUCUGGUUUGUAUGAGAGUUGCUGCUUUCCUUCUUGAGUUACUGUGGAGCCUCUUGAGCUCUCGACAGGCGGAAUCCAGAAAGUCAAGAAGUACACCACUCCUAUCAAGAUCAGCUUCAACGGAAAAUGUUAUGUUAGCACCACAGCACUAAAUUUCUGGUGUCAGGUUCUCAGCAAGGGGCAUCCCUAUUGAAUGUUGCUGUUGAACUUUGUAAGAAAAUUCUGAUUUUUGUAGUGAUUUCAAUUAAUGGCCAAUAGCACCAAUGGUGCUUUGUAAUUUUCAGCAUGCAAAUUGGAAACAAGAUAUUCCAUUCCUGAAAUACUCCACUAGUUUUACUCUUGCUAAAAGUGUCAACAUGGCAUUUAAUUCCAGUUUUAAAAUACUGUUUUCAGGCAGAAUAUUUUGCAAAACUGGGAGAUUUUAAUAAGUGUAUACAAUCUCGUUAAAUGAAUUAAUGGAAAAGAAUUGCUGCUGUGUAGGUUUUGCUAACUAACCCAUUCUAAAAACAAUGUAUUGCCUUAAUUUAAAUUUUCUGAAGGUAUGGAUAGACUCCAUUGUUUUGCUAUAGGAGCAAGUCCAGUUAUAUCCUGCUUUUGGAAGGGGAGAACUUCAAUAGGGUUUUCAUAAUGAGUUGCUCCAUCUGCUUUGGAAACAAUUCACUUUGGCAACAGGAGUAUACUGAUGUGAUUAUUUAAACAUGCAUGGAUUGCCUUUAUCAGUUUCCUGUGAGAUGCAUAUUGAUAUCCCAUAAUAUAUCAGUCAUUGCAGAUUGGUUAUUGGGUUUAUUCUUUCAGCUGUGUAAUGUUUGUUUUGUGGUAUGGUGAUUAAUUUAAUAAAUGUUUGUUAUUCUUUUGCUCCAACUGCUGAUAUGCAUGUAAAACUCUGUUACAUAGUGCCAUACCAAAAUUAAUCACCCUACAAUUUUGGCAGUUUUUUAAAAUUAUA